AUGUUCCGAAACGCCCUCCGCCAGUCCUCGCGCGCCGUGGGCGCCAUCUCUGCGUCGGGCAGAGUGGUUGCGGCACGAAAUGCCGCACCCGCAGCCUUCCACAUUCAGUCUCGAAACUACGCCGAGGCGAAGGCAUCGCCAACCGAGGUGUCCUCCAUUCUCGAGCAGCGAAUCCGCGGUGUAUCUGAGGAGUCCAACCUUGCCGAGACUGGCCGUGUCCUCUCUGUCGGAGAUGGUAUCGCCCGUGUGCACGGUAUGGCCAAUGUCCAGGCUGAGGAGCUGGUCGAAUUUGCUUCCGGUGUGAAGGGAAUGUGCAUGAACUUGGAGGCUGGACAAGUCGGUGUGGUGCUCUUCGGUUCUGACCGUCUGGUCAAGGAGGGCGAAACCGUCAAGCGUACCGGAGAAAUUGUCGAUGUGCCCGUCGGUCCCGAACUGCUCGGCCGUGUCGUCGACGCUCUGGGUAACCCCAUUGACGGCAAGGGUCCUCUCAACACCAAGGAGAAGCGCCGUGCCCAGCUCAAGGCCCCCGGUAUUCUGCCUCGCCGAUCCGUCAACCAGCCCGUACAGACUGGUCUCAAGUCCGUUGACGCCAUGGUUCCCAUCGGUCGUGGUCAGCGUGAGUUGAUCAUUGGUGAUCGUCAGACCGGAAAGACUGCCGUUGCCUUGGAUGCGAUGCUCAACCAGAAGCGGUGGAACAGCUCCAACGACGAGACCAAGAAGCUUUACUGUGUCUACGUUGCCGUUGGUCAGAAGCGAUCUACCGUCGCUCAACUCGUCAAGACCCUCGAGGAGAACGACGCCAUGAAAUACUCUAUCAUCGUCGCUGCUACUGCCUCCGAGGCUGCGCCUCUCCAGUACAUUGCCCCCUUUACCGGUGCCUCCAUUGGCGAGUGGUUCCGUGACAACGGCAAGCACUCUCUGGUCAUCUACGACGAUCUGUCCAAGCAGGCCGUCGCCUACCGUCAAAUGUCUCUGCUGCUCCGUCGUCCCCCUGGCCGUGAGGCUUACCCCGGUGAUGUCUUCUACCUUCACUCGCGUCUUCUGGAGCGUGCUGCCAAGAUGAGUGACAAGCACGGCGGCGGUUCCAUGACUGCCCUGCCCGUCAUCGAGACCCAAGGUGGUGAUGUGUCUGCCUACAUUCCUACCAACGUUAUUUCCAUCACUGAUGGCCAGAUCUUCUUGGAGGCCGAGCUCUUCUACAAGGGUAUCCGACCCGCCAUCAACGUCGGUCUGUCCGUGUCUCGUGUCGGUUCCGCUGCCCAGCUCAAGGCCAUGAAGCAAGUCGCCGGUUCGCUCAAGCUCUUCUUGGCUCAGUACCGUGAGGUCGCCGCUUUCGCCCAGUUUGGUUCUGAUCUUGAUGCCGCCACCAAGCAGACUCUGUCCCGUGGUGAACGCUUGACCGAGCUCCUCAAGCAGAAGCAGUACUCACCCAUGGCCGUUAACGAGAUGGUUCCCCUCAUCUACGCUGGUGUCAACGGUUUCCUUGACACCGUCCCCGUUGCCAAGAUUCUGCAGUGGGAGUCGGACUUCCUCGCUCACCUGAAGACCAACGAGUCGGACCUGAUCGCCACCAUCGACAAGGAGGGUGCGCUCAGCAAGGAGCUUGAGGCAAGAUUGAAGGAUGUUGUCACCAACUUCACCAAGAGCUUCACCUCUUAA